AUGAGUGCUGGCUGGCACUUUACCCUUCAAUAAUCGCAGCUGGAAACAGAAGGAAGGAAAGUAAUUCCCCAAAAAAAAAAAAAUUAUAGGAAAAUUGAUUUCAUCUGCCAAUCUCAUCUGGGUAUGAUAAAGUUCUAAUCUUUAUGCCAAAUUCCCAUCUUAUUCUUCAGUUUGAUUCUUUCAAACGCUUAGCUUUUAAUAUUGGUGGUGUUAUUUGUCAUUUUUCUUUGAUUCAGAUCUGUAGGUUGGUGAGAUGGCUUCCAAACGGAUUCUGAAAGAGCUGAAAGAUCUCCAGAAAGAUCCUCCAACAUCCUGCAGUGCAGGUCCUGUUGCUGAGGAUAUGUUCCAUUGGCAAGCAACCAUAAUGGGACCCCCAGACAGUCCUUAUGCUGGGGGAGUGUUUUUGGUUACAAUUCAUUUCCCUCCUGAUUAUCCAUUCAAGCCUCCCAAGGUUGCAUUCAGGACUAAAGUUUUUCAUCCCAACAUAAAUAGCAACGGGAGUAUAUGCCUUGAUAUCUUGAAGGAGCAGUGGAGCCCUGCCUUGACUAUUUCUAAGGUGUUACUCUCGAUAUGCUCGCUUUUGACGGAUCCAAACCCAGAUGACCCUUUGGUCCCAGAGAUUGCUCACAUGUACAAGACUGACAGGGCUAAGUAUGAAGCGACUGCAAGAAGCUGGACGCAGAAGUAUGCCAUGGGCUAGUUCCUUAGAAGAAAUUACCAGUGUAUUGAUGUAAAAACAAGUAUUGGUAAGUUUAUGGCUUGUUAUGAAUGUACUGUGCCCCUUGUAAUGGACAAAAUGUAGAACUGAUCCUCAAAUGUUACCUGCGUCUCGUCUUGAAUUUGGUGGUUCAAGAGUUUGACUGGUAAAUCUGUAUCACUGCCGCUACUCGUUAAUGUUUCAUCAAGAAGAACCCCCAUUUUGCGUCUUCAUAUUGUGCUUAGACACUUACUUUUCCUUUCUUCAGACAAGAAAAGAGUGCAUAUUGUGAUGCAAAACAUUAGGGAUGAGAUUAGUUAUCGUUUUUGAGUCGAGGAACAGAGGAGUUGGAUGUGAUUACUUGUUUUCUUUUGACUGGGAAAGUAUUUUGUGAGAUGAGAGAGGUUCUUUGCAAUUUUGCAUUAAAGGCUCGAUCGCUUGGCUUAUGUUUGAUAAUGUUUUUCAAGUAGUGAGGUUUGACUUUUUAAUGUUAUACCUUUCGCCAAAUAGUUUACUUCGUCUUUUAUGAUUACACAAUGCGAACUAGUUUUGUGGGAUAGUGGAAUAUGAA